GUGGUACCGGGCUGCGACAUGGCUGGUGUUGUGGUGGCUAAAGGCAGCGCCGUUUCAAAAUUCGAGAAAGGUGACAAGGUUUAUGGAAACAUCCAAGAUAACAACGCGGAUGAAAAGCUAAAGCAGUUUGGGACACUAGCAGAGUUCAUCGUAGUGGAGGAGAAUUUGGUGGCGAUGAAGCCAGAAAACGUUUCAUUUGAGGAGGCAGCUAGCUUACCUUUAGCGGUUCAAACUGCAAUGGAAGGGUUCAAGACUGCAAAUUUUAAAGAGGGACAGACGGUUUUUAUUGUUGGUGGGGCCGGUGGCGUUGGAACGUUGGCAGUACCUUUAGCGGUUCAAACUGCAAUGGAAGGGUUCAAGACUGCAAAUUUUAAAGAGGAACAGACGGUUUUUAUUGUUGGUUGGGCUGGUGGCAUUGGAACAUUGGCAGUUCAAUUGGCGAAACAAUUUUACCGGGCUUCACAUGUCAUGGCAACAACUAGCACACCGAAGGUGGAGUUUGUGAAGAACUUGGGAGCCGAUAAGGUUGUCGACUACAAGAAGACUAGAUAUGAAGAGGUUGAGGAGAAAUUUGAUCUCCUUUAUGACACAAUUGGUGACACUGAAAAUUCAUUUGUGGUGGCUAAGGAUGAUGCACCAAUCAUCGACAUAACGUGGCUUCCAUCAAAUCCAAAAGCUACUUAUUUAGGCUUGAAAAUUUCUGGGGAUAACUUGGAGAAGCUUAGGCAAUAUUUGGAGAGUGGAAAGCUCAAGGCAGUGAUUGAUCCAACUGGUCCAUAUCAUUUUUCUGAUGUUAUUGAAACUUUUCGAUAUUUGGAAACUGGAAGAGCCAGGGGUAAGGUGGUAAUUUCUCCCUUCCCCGCCCAGUAUUUUCCCUCUUCUUCCUGCAUUACCCAGAAUUAUGCUACAUUUCAAGUAGUUUCCCAGGUUGCAUAUUAG